CUCUCUCCACACUCUCAAGCUUUUCUUCUGCACCGAGAAAUUUGUGAGAGCGGUUUCCGGAGUCGAAUCGUAGCUGCUCUUUAAUGCCAAUACUUCUUCCAAUUAAUUGCGUCAUUACGAGAUACUUUCAUAUAUAAUUAUAGAGCGAGAGAGAGAGAGAGAGAGAGAGGGAGGAGAGAGAGAGAGAGAGUUGCUUUACUUCAUUUCAUGGCGUCUGGAUCGGGCUCUCAAUCAAGCCAGUCAAGUAGGAAGCCAUACUCUGUUCUUCACUUGGGUGCUAAUUAGGUUUCAUCUAAAGCUUCUUCUUUUGGACUCUAAAGCGUUUAAGGGUCAAUUGUGAUAAUGUUUCUCCCCGAAAAAGGUUAUGGAGAUGAGAGUUUGUAUGAAGAGCUAUGGAAAGCAUGCGCUGGGCCUCUUGUGGAAGUGCCAAAGAUUGGGGAAAGGGUUUACUACUUCCCUCAAGGUCACAUGGAGCAGUUGGAGGCUUCAACGAACCAGGAGCUGAAUCAGCAGAUUCCCCUGUUUAACCUCCCUUCUAAGAUUCUCUGUACUGUUGUUAACAUUCAGCUAAGAGCUGAGGCUGAAACUGAUGAAGUCUACGCUCAGAUUACUCUGAUGCCCGAAUCCGAUCAAGAUGAGCCUAAAUGUCCUGAUCCAGUUCAGCAAGAGCCUCCAAGAUCACAAGUUUACUCGUUUUGUAAGAUAUUAACAGCCUCCGACACGAGCACUCAUGGGGGCUUCUCUGUUCUUAGAAGACAUGCCAAUGAGUGCCUCCCUCCGCUAGAUAUGUCACAACAAACGCCAACCCAAGAGCUGGCUGCAAAGGAUCUCCACGGAUUUGAAUGGCGAUUCAAGCACAUAUUCAGAGGUCAACCGAGGAGGCAUUUGCUCACAACUGGAUGGAGCACAUUUGUAACGUCGAAGAGAUUAGUUGCUGGUGAUGCAUUUGUGUUCAUGAGAGGUGAGAAUGGAGAACUAAGAGUGGGGGUGAGGAGAAUUGUUCGGCGCCAGAGCUCGAUGCCAUCUUCUGUUAUAUCGAGUCACAGCAUGCACCUUGGAGUUCUUGCUACUGCUUCCCACGCCGUUUCAACUCAAACCCUCUUUACCGUUUAUUAUAAGCCAAGGACUAGUCAAUUUAUUGUGGGUGUGAACAAAUAUUUGGAGGCAGUUAAUAAUCAAUUCGCAGUUGGUAUGAGAUUCAGGAUGAGAUUUGAGGGAGAAGAUGUUCCAGAGAAAAGGUUUGCAGGAAUGAUUAUUGGAACAGGGGAUACUUUAUCUCAAUGGGUUGAUUCUAAGUGGAGAUCUUUGAAAGUUCGAUGGGAUGAACCUGCCAAUAUCGAAAGACCAGAAAGAGUUUCACCAUGGGAAAUAGAGCCUUCAACUGCAUCCAGGAACAAUGUAAAUGCUCCUCAACCAGUUCCUCUCAAGUGCAAAAGAUUUUGGUCAGCUAUUGACCUCCCUUCACUUAGCAGAGAAGAUGUCUCCUCAGUGUCAUGGUAUCCAAGGACUACACAAUCUCGUGAAUCUGAUAAUAUAAGCAGCAGUGAUGCUCUGAAUUGCGAAACUGAAAUUGUAUGGACCCGCAAGUUGUUAGAAAAUACAGGCAAUGGCUCCAAUAGUUUCCUUGAGAGCCCCAAAUCUCGGAGCAUAAAUCCAUUAGAUUCUCCAUUAAAGAGUUCAUCAUCUACACUGGAUAAUAUUCAUCUUAAUUGGUUCCAAGAGACAAAGGGAGAGACAAAAAGCACUUUAUCAAAAUGGCAUUCGAUACACGAUUCUGCUAGUGAUGAACCCAGUUUGAUGUUGGGCUACAUGUCCCAAAAAUCUAACAAACUUGAUAGUACUCCUUGUUGCAGACUCUUUGGUAUUGAUCUGAUUAGCCAUUCAAAUAGUACCAUGAAACCUGUUCAUAUUCCAACUUCCACCAGUCAAAAUCCAGUUCAAGCCACUGCCUUAGUGGAUGGCUCCGAGCAGCAGUCAGAUAUCUCUAAAGUUUCUAAAAGGGAAGAAAGCGGUCUGCAGGCUUCUCCAAAGGAUAUCCAAAGCAAACACACCAAUUCUACAAGAACUCGCACCAAGGUUCAUAUGCGAGGGAUUGCAGUAGGACGAGCUGUGGAUCUUACGGCCUUAGAAGGAUAUAAUGAGCUGAUAAUGGAGCUCGAAAAGAUGUUUGAGAUAAAAGGAGAGCUACAACAUCGGAAUAAAUGGGAAGUUGUCUUCACAGAUGAUGAAGGUGAUAUGAUGCUGGUUGGAGAUGAUCCAUGGCCGGAGUUUUGCAAGAUGGUGAAGAAAAUCUUCAUUUAUACGAGCAAUGAAGUCAAAAGCAUGAGGUCUAUUCCCUCCUUAUGUGCUGAGGAUGAAAGCAAGAAAUGUCAAGAUUAAUAACUAAUUUUGUAGUUUCGGCUAUCAUUUUGUUUUUCGGUAGUGCAUGGUACUAACAAAGGAGAGAGAAGUCUCUUAUGAUUUAGCUAGUUCUUAGCUCAGAUUUUUUUUAGAGCGUGCAAGGAAUUGGCUGUAGAUCAUUGGUUAGUUUUUGCCUUGUGUUGGGUUGUUAUUGUGCGUCUUUUUUUCUCUUGGUACUUUUGGAUUUCAUUUAACUUUGUUAAACUUUGUAAAUAUAUGGAUAUUUGAUGCGUAUGUUUGACGGAGAUGAAAAUGAUGUCUUUUUGUAGUUA